AUGCGUCUUCGCGUCACUCCGCAUGCACUGACUAGGCAGGACGAGUCUUUGCUGAGAGUAAUAGAAAAUUUUCUUAUUUUGCUAGGUUAUGAGAUUGAAGGAAUUGAAAAUAUUCCAAGUGAUGGUCCUGCACUUAUUGUAUUUUAUCAUGGAGCCAUGCCUGUGGAUUGGUAUUAUCUUCUUGCAAAAACUAUCAUUCAUAAAAAACGUCUCAUUUGUGCAGUCGGUGAUAGAUUUCUCUUCCAUGUUCCAGCAUUUGAUGCUCUUAUUGACUGCUUUCAAAUAUAUCCUGGAACCAUCGAUACUUGUGCAGAUAUUUUACGGAAAGGUAAUCUACUUGCUAUUGCUCCUGGAGGUGUCCGUGAAGCUUUGUUUGGCGAUGAAAGCUAUCCACUAAUUUGGGGGACUAGAAAAGGAUUUGCAAAAGUUGCCAUGGAAGCAAAAGUGCCAAUAAUUCCAGUUUUUACUGAAAACAUCAGGGAAGCAUUUUUCACUCUUCGUUUUGGAAAAAAAUGGUUACGGGGUAUUUAUGAAAAGACUCGUAUUCCUCUUGUUCCUAUUUAUGGAGGAUUCCCUGUUAAAUUGAAAACAUUUGUGGGUCAGCCUGUACCUUAUGAUCCAGAAAUAACUCCUGAAGAAAUGGUUGAAAGGGUUGCUGAAAGAAUGAAGUGCAUGAUAAAGAAACAUCAGCAACUACCUGGAAGUCUUUCACGUAGUGUUUCGCAAAGAAUUCAUCAUCUUUUUAAGCUAAAACUUUCCUAAUGAAUCUAACAGACUUCAUGAAAAUUCCUCCUAUUUUAACCCUGUACUCCCAGUUUUAUCAUCAAAUAUCAGAAAUAACUUCAGUAUUUUGCAGUUUUUAUUGUCUUGCACAAAAAUGGAUUAUUUUCCUUUUGUAGCACUAUGGGUGUAUUUUUAUGUCAUUUGUAUAUCUUCAAAUCAUUAGCAGAGGAUUAAUCUACUUACAUCACUGAUGUAUUUAAUUUUUCAGAAUUCAAGUAAAUAUGUAAGAGAUUCAGGUUUGAAUGAAUUUUUACUACUCAGUUUCUACUCUGUUAGCUUCAUUUAAUACAAUUUUUAAUGGUAAAAUUGUUUAAUUCUGACUUCUUAAUAAGUCCAUAUAAAACAUAAUUUAUAUGAAACAAAGAAAUUUUCAUAAUUUUGAUAUCUCAGUCUUCUAUUCUCAUGAGUAUAAACUUAGAGGCCAAAAAACCAUUUCAUACAUAUUUAAACAUUUAAAUCCAUAUAUUAAUUAAUAUUCAUUCAUAUUUAAACAUCAAAACUAUUACUGUAAGUAGUUGGUAAUCGAAAUUUAUUAAUUAAAUUUUGCAGGCAGAAUUUACUGUACAGUUGCAAUUUUCAUAGUGCAGUACACAGAAAAACAAGUGUGUAGAUCUUUUAAUAAUUUAAUAAAGAUGUUUUGAUUCCA